AUGACCAAUAUCAAUCCAUUGGCUAUGCUAGCUGCACAAUGUAAUAAAAUUCAAUCAAGCAAUUCUAGUCCACCUUUAUCGCCGACAAAAACAGGCUUUUACGCUUGGAAGAAGUCCAUUCCAAGUCCAUCCAUCUAUCCCGAUCCUGAUAUCGCAUCGUCGUUCACACGUAUCAAUCCAUACGAUCAUUCAUUCUUAACUGCCAAUGGACAUUUGAAAGAAAAUUCGUCAACAUCGGUCUCGUCACCACCGACUUGGAUGGAUAUUCAUCAUCAUCAUUCAUGGUUUACAGCCGGUCAAACUCCGCCUAUUCUCAAUCAUAAUGACCAACAGGCACCUCCGUCUCCAUCAUUAUUUUCCACUCCAGCUAAUGUUCAAUAUCCUUCACAUGUCCAAGCAACACAUUACAAUGAUUUUCUCUCCGCCAAUCAUCCCUAUAAUGAUUCUUACCGAUCUGAAUUUCGGUUAUUUUAUCCAUCGAUUGUCUCAUCGCACACAUCAUCUUCUCCAUCUACCACCACCACCACCACUCAAUCGUCGACAAACAACAACAACAACAAUAACAAUAGCAAUGCAAACAAUACAAAUUCGAACAGUUCAAUAAAGAAACCAAAAACAAGUCGUGCUCAAUGUGAUUGUCCCAAUUGCCGAGAAGCUGAUCGUUUAGGUUAUAUUACCGGGUCCAAUGUACGUAAAAGAAACAUCCACAGCUGUCAUAUUCCCGGCUGUGGCAAAGAAUACAACAAGACAUCGCAUCUCAAAGCACAUUUACGUUGGCACACAGGUGAACGGCCAUUUGUGUGUACAUGGUUAUUUUGCGGCAAACGAUUCACUCGUAGUGAUGAACUACAACGACAUGCUCGAACACAUACAGGUGAAAAAAGAUUCGCCUGUCAAAUAUGUGGCAAACGCUUUAUGAGAAGUGAUCAUCUCAGUAAACACAUUAAAACCCAUAACAAUAAUAACAACAACAAUAGUAUUAAUGAAGAUCAUCAAUCACGAAGUACUGAAUCAGAUACACAAGAAAAUCAUCAUCACCAUCAUCAUCAUCAAAUGUAUCAUCACAUGAAUCAAGAGAGAUUUUUAUCAACUGAUAUCAAAACCGAACCGAGAAUGAGAGAUUGA